GAAGCGUCAUAUCCGGAACGUUUUCUAUACGCUAUACGAUGUCCACCUCAUGGGCGAGCUGCCCGGUGGCUAGUGUUUUUGUUGACUAUAUUAAUGCUAUGGGCUGUAGUUUGGGCAGUGAAAGAAGACGAAGCCCUGCCCUAUCAUAGUUAUUUUGGAAUGAUUAUAUUGUUUCCAUUGUGUAUUAUUGCUGGGUUAAAUGUACAGCAGAUUCGAUUACCUCCCCUUUUAGGUAUGUUAUUAUUGGGAUGUUUAUUGAGAAAUGUUCCUGUUAUUAAUUUCGCUGAGAGUAUAGAUAAACAAUGGUCGUCUGCUUUAAGGGCUAUUGCUUUAGUGAUCAUCCUAACUCGAGCAGGGCUGGGUUUAGAUCCACAAGCGUUGAAGAAGCUAUCUUUUGUGGUCCUGAGACUUGCUGCUCUACCUUGUUUGUGUGAAGCUGUUACAGUGGGGGUAGCCGCCUGGGGUAUUCUAGGAUUUCCCUGGUCCUGGGCUUUCAUGCUAGGGUUCAUCCACUCUGCCGUAUCUCCAGCUGUCGUUGUUCCCAGUAUGUUGAAGCUCCAGGAGGAGAAGCUAGGUACAGAUAAGGGAAUUCCCACCAUGGUUAUAGCUGCUGGUAGUCUAGAUGAUGUAAUAGCUAUCAGUGGUUUCGGUAUCGCUCUAGGUAUAGCUUUCUCUGAAGGAAAUCUAGCUAUGACGCUGAUCCAUGGACCAAUAGAAGCGGUAGCUGGUCUAGCUUUUGGACUGAUUUUUGGAGUCACGCUGUGGUAUCUUCCCAAUAAAGACAGUAGCCGAGUUGUAUUUUAUCGAUUCGCUCUGAUAUUUGGGGGCGGAUUGUUCUCGGUGUUCGGGAGCAGAACCUUGGAGCUUCCCGGAGCAGGUGCUCUGGCAUGUUUAACCAUGGCGUUUGUUGCUGCUCAUGGAUGGAGACGUGAUGGUUGGGCUGGAAACAACGAAGUUUCUCAAAUUUUCGCCAGAUUAUGGCAGAUUUUCCAACCAUUAUUAUUUGGUUUAAUCGGUGCGGAAGUGGAUAUUUCAAAGGUCAAGGUCGAUCUCAUUGGAUCUGGUACUGGUGUAUUAUUUAUCGGACUAACUAUCAGAGUUAUUGUAUCAUUUUUUGUUAUGUUCGGUACAGAAUUAAACUGGAAAGAACGAUUCUUUGUACCAUUCGCCUGGCUACCUAAAGCUACUGUACAGGCAGCUGUGGGUUCUGUUGCUCUAGAUACAGCACGUGAAAAGGGAAGCGAUCCAGAAUUUAUAGAACUUGGCACAAAGGUUCUGGCGAUGGCUGUAUUGGUUAUAAUCAUCACCGCACCCCUCGGGGCUGUAGCUAUCUCACUUACUGCUCCUAGACUCCUCAAUAAA